UUCAUAAUGGCUAUUCACACUGAAACUUCACAAGGAUCUUCUUCGACUUCUGAUCUACGAUAUGAUGUGUUUCUAAGUUCCAAAGGUUCCGAUACUGGUAAUAACUUCACGGAUCACCUCUACAACGCCCUUAUUGAUUCCGGUAUAAAUACCUUUCUGGAUGAUGAAGAGAUCGAAACCGGCGAAGACCUGAAACCCGAAUUGGAGGAUGCCAUCAGAUCAUCAAGGGCUUCUGUGAUAGUGCUGUCCAAGAAUUACGCCACUUCCACUUGGUGUCUUGAUGAGCUGGCACUAAUCCUUCACCAGCGUUUGACAGCUGACCAGAUUGUGAUCCCCAUUUUCUAUCACGUUGAGCCCACCAAUGUAAGGAAGCAACAAAACAGCUUUGGAGAUGCCAUGGCAGAGCAUCGGCAGAAGAUGGAGGCCGAAACAAAUGCAGAGAAAAGACUGAGAUGGGGCCAAAAGAUGGAUGGGUGGAUUAAGGCACUCACAGAUGUUGCCGACUUAAAAGGGAAAGACGUCAAGGGCAGGAAAGAGACAUAUUUUAUUGAAGAAAUUGUUACUGAUAUCCGUCAGAUAUUAGGUGUGCCCUUAAGUGAUACGUUGCCACUCCUUAUCGGUAGGGACCAUCAAAUUGAAGGAAUCAAGGCUUGGUUGACGGAUGGUUCCUCCAGUCAUACUGCUGAUAUUCUCACAGUUUUAGGCAUGGGUGGGAUUGGAAAGACAUGUUUGGCCAAAUAUGUCUUCCACCUGCACUCUCCUACAUUUGAAAAGAGCAGCUUUAUUGAAGGCAUCAAUUUAAGAUGUACUGAAAAAUUCAAUGGAUUGCUUGAUGUCCAACAGCAACUUUAUGGUGACAUAUCAAUAAUGAAGAAGCCACUAGUUCAUGAUACCUCUGCAUACACCUCUAAGAUUGAGAAAGCAUUGGCCAGUGUGAAGGUGUUUUUAGUUCUUGAUGAUAUUGGUAGUCUCGACCAAUUGGAUGCGUUACUUGGAAACAAAGGAUUUCAUCCAGGUAGCAAAGUCUUAAUAACAACAACGGACGCAUCGUUGACAGAGAGGUGUGCACUAUUCAAAUCAAAAGUUAAACCCAAGCAUACGAAGCUCUUAACUGAAGGCUUAUAUGAACCUGCAGCAGUGGAGCUAUUAUGUCUUCAUGCAUUCAAAUGCAAACAUCCCAAACAAGGUUAUGAAGAGUUUAUAGAAAAGCUUGUGAAAUACUGUGAUGGACAUCCGUUGGCUCUUGAAGCUCUUGGCAGGUCUCUAUAUAAUCGAGAAACAUUUUAUUGGGAAGAAUGCGUCGAAAACUUAAAGACAGAACUUGAUUACCGUAUAUAUAAUGCCUUGAUAGGGAGCUUUUACAGUUUGUCUAAUAGCAAUGAUAAGGAAUUGUUCAAGCAUAUUGUUUGUUUUUUUGUUGGAAUGCAUAGAGAUAUUGUUGAAACAAUAUUAAAGGCAUGUAAUAUAAACACAAGUAUUGGAAUCACUAAUCUGGUAGACAGAUGCCUUCUUCGUAUUGGAUCAACUACCGAGCUGGCUAUGCAUUCACUGAUUCAAGAGAUGGGAAGGUAUUUGGUGUGCCAAGAAUCACCUGAUAGGCCAUGGAAGCGUAGUCGCUUAUGGUGUCAUGAAGAGUCAUAUCAAGUGAUUGAACAAAAUAAGGGUACAAAAAGUAUUGAAGGUCUUGCUCUUGACAUGAGAAUGAUUGACAAAGAGGGGUCAACUGGAUUGGAAACAGAUGCAUUGAGUAAGAUGGACAAUUUAAAGCUUUUACAACUCAACUAUGUUCAACUGAAUGGAUCUUAUAAUAAAUUUCCUCGGAAAUUAAGAUGGUUGUGUAUGCAUGGUUUCCCUUUAAAAUCCGUACCUUCAGACUUACCAAUGCAGAAUUUAGCUGUUCUUGACAUGUCUUAUAGUAGUAUCGAAUCUUUUGAUAUGUCUAGUCGUAACCUGCAACGACCUGCGAAGAGACAAAAGUUGACUUGCUCAAACGGUCAAAAGUUGCUUGGAUCUUUGAAGGUCCUCAAUUUGAGUUACUGUGCUCAGCUUCAUAGUGUCGGUGGCUUUUGUGAACUCCCUGCACUUGAGAGUUUAUAUCUUACAAACUGCGAGAGUUUGAUUGAAGUGUGUGAAUCAAUCGAGCAAUCGGACAAGCUUGUUCUUAUCGAUCUCAGUAACUGCAAAGAGUAUACAAAGCUUCCAAAAACUAUUGAAAACUUAAAAAACCUCAAAAGCUUACUGCUGGACGGCUGUAAACUUGAUGAGACAAGGGAUGUAGAUUCACUGGAGAUGCUUAAUGCUGACAGCUCUGACAUAACCGCACAUGCAUAUUUCUCUGUUGUUGACGAGAACAUACCGAGAGAUGCUCUAGAAGCAACUUCAUCUUUUUCAUCGCCAAAUGAUAAUACAUAUGAUGUAUUUAUAAGCUUCAGAGCUACUGACACUUGGCUUGGUUUCACUGCACACCUCCUCAGAGCCUUCAAAGAAGCUAACAUCGAAACGUUUUAUCAUGAUAAAGAGAUUGAAGCCAAGCUAUAUUCAAAAUCAGAAUUGGAGAAAGCAAUUGAAGCAUCCAGGGCAUAUGUUGUUGUAUUGUCCAAAACCUACGCUUCUUCCACAAAAUGCCUUGAAGAACUGGUUUCAAUUCUUGAGCAACGUAGGAACUCGAAGCGUAUUGUUAUCCCCAUCUUCUAUCAUGUCGAGCCCACCCACUUCAUGAAGCAACAUGAGAGCUCUGGGGAUCCAAUGGCAGAACUUAAAAAGAAGAUGGAGGCAGAGACAAAUUCAGAGGUAAAAAGUCAACUGGCUCAAAAGAUAAAGAUAUGGAGCAUUGCUCUUUCAGAAGUUUCUUAUAUGGAAUGGUAUUCAAAGGACUGGUUAGAGACUCAGAUUAUUGAAAAAAUUGUCGAGGACGUCAAUCAUAGUUUACCGUUAAGGAAUACUUUACCGGACCUCAUCGGGGUAGACUAUCCUGUUCGCUUCAUAAGUUCAUGGUUGAAUGAUGGAUCCACUCAUACGGCUGAUAUUCUUACUAUUACAGGUAUCAGGGGGAUUGGGAAGACAUCCUUGGCGGAAUAUAUCUAUGGGUUGCAUUGUCAUCUUUUCCAGAGCAGCAGCUUUAUUGAUGACAUUAAUAGGAAAUGUCAGGGACAAUCUAAUAAACUACUUGAUUUACAAAAGCAACUUUGUGCUGAUAUUUCAAAAACAUAUUGGAUUCAUGUUGAUCACAUUUCUGUAUGCACCGCUGCAAUUGAGAAUGCAGUGGCCUGUAGAAAGGUGUUACUAGUUCUUGAUGAUAUUGAUAAUCCGGACCAGCUAGAUGCUUUACUUGGAAACAAAGGUUUUCAUCCAGGAAGCAAAGUUAUUAUAACCACCAAGGACGCAUCAUUGAUAGAGAGGUGUGCACUAUUCAACUUGCAAGUUCAACCCAAGCAUACAAAGGUCCUGCUUAAAGACUUGAAUGAGACCUCGUCACUACAGCUUUUUAGUUAUCAUGCAUUUGGGUACAUUGAUCCUACAGAAUCUUAUAAACAGGUGUCUAAAAAACUCGUGAAGCUCUGUGAUGGACUUCCAUUGGCUCUUAAAGUUUUGGGUAGGUCUCUAUUUGAUCGAGAUGAAUUUGAAUGGGGGGAUUGCCUAGAGAACCUAAAAGAAGAAUCUGACUCUGACACAGAAAAGGUAUUGCGUUUUAGCUUCGACUCUUUGCCAUCAAAAAAUGCCAAGGAGUUGUUUAAGUAUAUUGCUUGUUUUUUCGUGGGAAAGGAUAGAGAUUCUACUGAAACAAUAUUAAAGGCAUGUGAAAUUCACACAAAACUUGAGAUCGCAAAUCUCAUUGACAGAUGCCUUCUCACAGUCGGACCAAACAAUGAGUUAAUGAUGCAUGAAUUGCUUCAAGAGAUGGGGAGAAAUGUGGUACGGCAAGAAUCAAUUAGACCAUGGGAGCGUAGCCGAUUAUGGUGUCAUGAGGAGUCAUUCCAAGUGUUGAACAGAAAUAAGGGUGCAGGAAAUCUUAAAGGCAUUGUCCUUGACUCAAGAAUGCUUGAGAAAGAGAAGUUACUUGGAUCACUGGAGUUGGAAUCCAAAGUACUGAGUAAAAUGAACAAUCUAAUGCUCCUACAACUCAAUUAUGUGCUACUCCGUGGGUCAUAUGCGAAUUUUCCUCAUACUUUAAGAUGGUUGUGUAUGUAUCAGUUUCCUCUGGAACAUAUACCUUCAAAUAUACCAAUGGAGAAUCUUGUUGCUCUUGACAUGUCUUAUAGCAAAUUCAAAUCUUUUGACAUGUCUUGUAAUGACUCUCAACGAUUUGAGAAGACGCAAACGUCGCUUGGAUCAUUAAAAGUUCUUAAUCUAAGUUUCUGCAAACAGCUUCGUUUUGUCGGUGGCUUUUGUAAACUCCCUUCACUGGAGAGAUUAAUGCUUACAAAUUGCAUAGGUUUGAUUAUGAUCUGUGAAUCAAUUAAACACUGUGGUGAACUUAUUCUCGUGGAUCUAAGUUACUGCACCAAGCUUGAAAACUUUCUAAGAUCCAUAGGAAAGUUAAAGAAGCUACAAACAUUAUUUCUUGAUGGUUGCGGUCUUUGUGAGUUUCCAGUUGCAAAGAGGGAUGUGGAUUCAUUAGAUGUGCGCGUUGCCAGCAACGGCUAUAUAAACUCAGAAAUCUCUUCCUCUGCCAUUGUGGAGACUUUGCAGAGUAAUUUAAAUUCCCUUGGGAAAUCUUUUCUGACUUCAUUAGUAAGCUUGUCACUUGCAAAUAAUAAUCUCUCCAACGAUUCCUUUACCACAGACUUCAGCUCCCUAUCUAUGUUAAAAGUUUUAAUUCUAGAUGGCAAUCCAAUCGUUUCACUGCCAGAUUGUGUGAGACACCUUCAUAUGCUGGAGAAACUUAGCAUGAAGAACUGUAAUAUGCUCAGAUCAAUCGAGGGUCCUCCACAAACGCUAAGUCAAUUGAUCCUUGAUACCUACGAUUGCCAACACAAUCGUUAUAGUUUUCUAAGGAAAAUCAAAUUUAAGCAUGAAAUGUCCCCGCUAAAGUUAUCAGUGGAUCCGUUUUUAUUAGCACCUUCUUUGUUUGAAAUUGAUGGCAUCGUCAAAAUCCAACCUAUGUCAGAUGUUGAGGGGAAGUUAUUACAUAGUUUAGGCUGGAGUAAUUUGGCGUUUGUUAAAAGGAGGCAUUUGGAAACUUAUGAUUCAGUUAGAGGAAUUGAGGGAUUUAAAAGCCAGAUGUAUUAUGAAUUUGGAGUAUUCAGCACAAUUUAUGGAGGGGAAAAGAUGCCGAAUUGGAUUAGCGAUACAAGCGAGGGGUCAUCGAUUUCAGUUACCAUCCCAUCAUCUCCUGACAAGCUUAGAGGAUUGAAUUUCUGCUAUGUGCAGAAGUCUGGAUUUUCAGAUGAGAUGUUUCGGUAUUCAUAUGAUGAGUUCUUUUCGAUACCACCGAUCAAAAUUACUAAUAAAACAAAGAACCGCACCUGGAUAUACAAGCAUUAUAUUGACAAUGUCAGUGUAGGUGGAAAGUAUAUAACAGUGCUAACCCAUUGGAUGUUUGGGAUGGAUGAUAUGGAAGCUGGUGACCACAUUACUGUCAAUAUAACAGAUUAUCAUGGAGGACAAGUGACAAAGGAAUGUGGGAUUGGUCUUGUAUAUAAUGAUGGAAACAUGGAAGAAGAAAUAGAUACCUUAGGUUAUUACAAGUCAUGGAAUCAUAUCAUUGGCGGGGAUCUCUCUGCUUUUCAAUUAACAACGGGAGACUACUUCCUACAUAGGGAGCGGUUUAUACAACAUACCAAUAUUUGUCUCAUCAUUGGAUUUGACACCAGAUAUAAAGAAAUGAAUGUUCCGUUUAGAGCAUUCUCCCAGAGGAAGUCCUCAAUGGUUGCCGCGUCCUGAGGUAUGCGUUUCAGCAACCAAACCCAAUCUCAUCACAUGGAGAAAACACAAGAUGCAACUGAAGUUUUUGUUAUAAUUGUUGGUCAUAACAAUGCAAUGGAUGCUUGGAACAGUCGCAACAAAACAUACUUGGUGCAGAUAUGAUGGGGGUACUGAACUAGCUUGUUUAAUAUUCUACUUAUUUGCAUGUGUAUCUUAGUGCUUCUAAUUUACUAGGAGUUGAAAACUAAUAUAUAUGGACAAGGAAUAAUCACUAUUUCAUGCACUA